AUGGUUUACAUGGCAACAUUAUGUAUGGCGACUAAUUAUGCAGAAACGGACUCCCUGAUAACCGAAACAACGACACCAGUUUCUGUAAACUCACGGUUUUUUCCAAAUAAACCGACGGAUCCACUAGGAGGCAUACAUGAAAAUGCCGCUGCUAGUACUAAGAAUAUCGUCAGCAAUCCGCCUAAGGAAAUCUCAGACGUGGACCUUCCUGGAAAAGUUGACUCCACUUAUUUACACGACUCUUUGAGUGAGAGACACACUGUUACAAGCGAACCAAUCCCGACCUGGCAGUCCUAUGGGAUAACUAAAUCUUCUGACACAACACUGCUUCCAGAAAUGGAUGAACGGAAAAGAAGUCCUUUAGUCCUUUCGACAGGGAGCGUCUUGUAUUCUGAACCAAAAGGAACGAACUCUGUAGACAUGGCGAAACAAAGGUCUAAUGAGUCCCAAGCGGCGGAAGCUUAUGCUUCCGUGGCCUUUGUGAAUAUAUCUGAUUACUCAACAUACCUUCAUGAAGUCGAUGACUCCUCAGAAGAAAACAGUAUGUCGUCCACCCUUCACAAGCAAGUGUCUGGCAUGUCAAGAGAAACGCAGGAAACGAACCUACCUCCAUCAAGCGAGGAACAGGAGUCAUUCCGGAUGAUAGCCUCAUCUUUGCUGGACGAAAAUGGAACAAAUGCUGAUGCAGCAGUUUCCUCUCGACAGCACGCAGUUGUCAACAGUAGCAGUUCAGGCGACGGUGUCUAUCAUGCUAGCCCCGGUAACAUCACAAAAAUUUUGCCAGCUUCAGAUAUACAAGCAGGAGCUGCCAGCCUGGCGGUCUCUUCUGACGCGGCACCUUGUAGUGUGUUAAGUGGAAAGGCGAAAUCAGAUGCCGAAAGGGAGUACACGAUCAAACAUACGGCCUCUAGCGAGCAGAUCACCGAAUAUGGGGCUAGCACCGAUGAUCUUGUUUCAGGCAAGCCGGCAGACACAUUUAGGGAUGCAUUAGUGCCUAUUGCAGGGAAUACUUUCAAAGUUAAUAGUCACAAAACGGAAGCAGUGAUCUCUGGGCAGGUUAGGGAGCCGGCUUAUAAUGCUAAUGGGACAAGCCGGCCGACAGCUUUGUACACAAAGACGCCAGUAGACUCUGCAGAAAGCUUUGAACAGCUGCGGCCAGAAGACAAGGGAGAUGUCACACUAAAUACGUCACACAAUACGGCUGUAGAGACAGCUACUCAGCCGUCCAAUGUUCUUGAAGAAAACGGGGGUCACAUCAAACCAGCUAGGUGGACGAACCCUUCAGAAAGCCCCUCCAGUACGGAUUUGGGCGAAACUGCAAGGUUGAACAGUUCAGAUGCAGCUCCUGAGGAAAGAGACAAUGUCCCCUCACCACCGGUCGCACUUCGUAUUUUUAGGAUAAAACUCUUCAAACGAUGCAAACGUGAGUUAAAUAGCUGCCUUAGUAAUGCGAUUAUUUAG